AUGUCAUUUAACGAAAAAUCAGUUUUAGCCAAUUUUAAGCUUGUGAAAGCUCCAAUCUAUUCACAUUGUUUCUCUGCUGACAGAACUUUGUUAGCAAUUACUUGUGAGAACAAGUGUUUGGUUUAUAGAUUACAAGGUGCUACCUCUCCUCCAUCUUUAGUUGCUACUUUGGAAAAUCACGAUAAAACAGUCACUGCUGUCGAUAUUUCUGCUCAUGGUAGAAUUGUUACUUGUUCUCAAGAUCGUAAUGCUUACGUUUGGGAACCAUUGAGUGAUGGUAGUUAUAGACCAACUUUAGUUCUAUUACGUAUUAAUAGAGCUGCUACAUCUGUUAGUUGGGCUCCAAGUGGUUACAAGUUUGCCGUUGGUUCCAGUGCUCGUAUUAUUGCAGUUUGCUACUAUGAACAAGAGAACAACUGGUGGGUUUCUAAACAUAUUAAGAAGCCAAUUAAGUCAACUAUCAAUUGUAUUUCAUGGCACAGUAAUGGUGUUUUGUUGGCUGCUGGUGGUACCGAUGGUUACAUGCGUGUUUUCUCCGGUUUCAUUAAAGGUUUGGACAGUAAAGAUGCUGUUGUCAACUCACCUUGGGGUGAUAAAUUCCCAUUUGGUUCCUUGGUCAGAGAAUGGUAUCAAGGCUCCUAUGUUCAUGAUGUUAAAUGGAAUAGUUCCCAAGAAAGAAUUGGUUUUGUUGCUCAUGACGGUUCUUUGAACGUUGUUGAUUCGCAAGGCAACCAUCAAACAGUUGAUGCUCCUGAAGGUUUGCCAUACAGAUCCUUAGCUUGGAUUAACAACAAUUCUAUCCUAUGUGCUGGUUACAGUUGUCACCCAGUUUUGUUCAGCGAAGCAAAUGGUGCCUGGAAAUUUGCCAAGAACUUGGAUAAAGUUAGCGAUGCCAACGCUAAAAAGAGUACAGUUUCAUUAGACGGCAACGAUGACGAAGAAGAAAAUAAUGCAUUUGGUAUGUCAGCAUUGAAAAAAUUCAAGGAAUUAGAUUUGAAGGGUAGAGUCUCGACUGCAGUUCAACACAGUGCUCACGAAAAUGCUAUCGUUGAACUAAAGGCCUUCCAAGAAAGCAAUGGUCAAGUCGUUCAAGUUUCUUCAUGUGGUCUAGAUGGUGAAAUUGUGCUGUACAAUGUAUAA